CUUGACACGAGCAGUGAUUAGUAAACUCUCCGUUCAGUCAUUGACCGACAGUGCAGUUUUUCUGUGUCAGCCAGAUAAUGUAUCUGUAGUAGCUCUAUCAUACAGAUAGACCCAUUACAAAUGAGUACAGACCUUUCACCUAAUGCACUUAUUUACUUACUUUUGCUAAAACCUUGUGUUACCUGCAGAUGCAGAUACCAAACCAGUUUUAAUAUGUAUUAAGGGUCCAUAUCAAAAUAUACUAAGUAAAGCAAUCGAAACAUAGUGUGAACGUUUUAAAACAUCUUAUUAAUUUUUCUAGUCAAUGAAAAUUAUAGCUGAAAUAUGGCAACUAACCUGUUUAGAAUUUAUAUUUUUAUGAUGAAAUUAAAACUGGUGCAUGUAGGCACAUACAGCUCCCUUUUCGGCUGCCAGUGUUUGAGCCAGGUCUUCUUUUUAAAAAAAGGCACAACAAUUUGUAAGAUCAGCAACAAAGGGACUUUAUAGGAGAGAGAAAAAACCUUGUAAACUUUUAAUGGAAGUCAGUGUAAUAAGAGUUUAUUUCAGGUCAUUUUGAAGAGUUUCUAUUGGUACGUUCAUCAAUAAAUUUUGACAGUGUAAGGGACAGUUUGUCUGUUCAAAUUAUGUUGUAAACUAAAAAUCCACAAUAAUGGAGAUAAGUGUUUGUCAUAGGACAGCGACAAAACUAUUCGUUCAAAACUAUUUAAGAUGGUUGGCUAAUUGUACACACUACUAACUGUGCAAUUAACCACACCAUGACUUGCAUCUUCUAGCAUGCUAGGCUACUGAAUGUGGUGUAUUAUGUGCCACUUCAAGCAUUAUGUACUUGAAGUGCCACAUAAUAAGGCACACCAAGGUGGUACACCACCAAAUAGCCUAAUUGUUGUUUUUAAUGUAUCAAAAACAAAAUAUUAUACAUGCAAUUGCAUGUGGGCAGCAGGGGAUGUCCCUGGGUCUUAUGAAUGUGCCUGGUUUCAUAUCUGACAACUGUCAGAUAUUGUCAUUGUUGGAUAAAACCAUAAUUUUCUCACAUUUUUUCACACUACAAGGCGCACUUAAAAUCCUUUAAUUCUCCCAAAAAUAAUUAGUGUGCCUUUUAAUCCGAGUAUAUCCAAGUAUAUCAGACUGUAGCCGGCUGCUAACGCUGGCUAGCACUACUGGAGCAGUAGUAGCAUUAGCUGCUAACCGCGCUAAGUGCUAGCUCUUUCGACAUUUAGCGGUGAGUAUAUCGGACUGUAGUCUCCAUGUUUACCGUGUUAAAACAAGCUACAUGCGAUGAACCGCUAGCUAAUAUCAACCUGGCUUACCGGAACACUAAGAGUUCCUCAGUGUAGCCCUGUCGGCAGUAUUUACUAGUGCUAACUGUGGUUAGAGCUAGUGGUUAGCUGCUAAUGCUAAAGCUGCUGGCUGCUAAGCUUACUGUAAAUAAACGCAACCGCUUUACUCACAUUUUCAGGAGAGGAAUCUGUGUAGAUUACCAUCCAGCACUCGUUUGGCUUUAAUGCGCAUUAUAACCCAGUGCACCUUAUAAUGUGAAGAUUUAUUUCGCAUUAUUUCUAUUAGAAUUUGCAGUAUACAUUUCAGUAGCAAUAAUUCAUUGUGUUUCACAUUACAGGUGUGGCCAUUCCCAAGCUGUCCCCUGAUAUAAAAUUCAUGAUAAAUUUAUAUAAUGCUAUUCCAUGACUGUUGGCACACUAGAUGCUUAAGCUUAAUGGAUCUUUGCCAAGAUAAACUAUAGUUGGAAAAUUAAAUGAAAAUAUUCUAUCCUAUAUUUCUCUUUUACAUAAAACCAAGAUAGAACACUUCCUAUCAUUUAAGCAUGAAUGCUUGUAGCUAAACUGUUGUGGGCUAAAAUGUUUGAAUCUAUUCUUUAUCAAUUAUAACCCACCACAUUUAUUAAACAAAAAAAGGAAAUGUAUUUUUAUGAUCAGCGUGCCUUUAACUGCCAUUAACCUCACGAAGCUGUCUUUUUUAGAUAUGAUACAAUACUCUCACAGCCCUUAUCCAGUAGUGUGGAUGAUAUUGGCUCAAAGCCCAAAGCCAAUAAAUCUUUUAGAUAGUUGUCUCAGUCCUUGGUGUCUUGGUACAGGUAGAGUUAAUGAUGGGUAAACAUGAUAAAUGUCAUUUACCCCUUUCCCCCGCACACUUUUUCUGUCUGGAUCAGCCACUGUGUAGGAUCAGGCUGAAUUAGCCUUAUGGCCUCCACGUGGAGACGUUAGCCCACUCCGCGGUCCAGGGUCAUGUUGUUUUGCUCGAGUCUGUGACCGCUCCCGCAGGUCGUAAAGGUCAAGGUUAACGAUUCGUCACAGUCAGAGGCUGGCAGUAUAAAUAAGACUGUGUGUGGUAGUCCAGGAGUUGACAUUCAGAUGCUUGGAUAAAGAUCUGUCAGAGCAAACAUCUCAGUCGACUUGUUUGUUAACAUGACAAUGUAUUCACCUGAGGAUCUAAAAAAAAGAGACUGCUGCUGCACUGAAUGGGAGCACCAUCCUCAUACCAUCCUCUAUAACAUUCUCAAUCGAAAAGACAGCUAUGGUCAUCCAGACAACCAAUGGGCCUGCUCCAGAAUGCAUUCCAUCUGUCACUGCAAGCAGCAGAAGCUGGUAUGCCUGAAGAACCCGAAGGUUACCUGCCAGGCAGUGUCUGCAGUUCUGCUGAAAACCGUCCACUUCAUGAAAAGCCUUCCAUCCUUUCACCAACUGCCCUCCAGAGAUCAGCUGUCCCUGCUUCAAAACUGCUGGGUGCCGCUGUUUGUGCUAGGCCUCGCUCAAGAGCACGUAACGUUCGAGGUGACGGACAUGCCAACGGCCAGCCUCCUCCGGAAGAUCCUGCUGAACGACCAAAAGCAAGAACACAGAGACACAGACUACUCAUCACCAACCCUAGCAACUGUCUAUAACCUCAAAUCGUGUUUAAACCAGUUCUGGAGUCUGGAUCUCACUGCUAAAGAAUAUGCUUACCUCAAGGGAGCAGUAUUAUUCAACCCAGAUAUCUCUAAUCUAAUAAGCUACAAAGUGAUACGGGGACUUCAGAAGGAGGCUCAGCAGGCACUGCAUGAACUCAUCCACACACUUCAUCCAAAUAUUCCUGGACAUUUCACGAACAUUUUUCUUGCAGCCUCUGCUUUGCACACAGUAGCCCAGAGCUUUAUUACUGAACUGUUCUUCAGGCCCAUCAUCGGCCAGACAGACAUUAAUGAGCUCCUGCUGGAGAUACUCUUCAGCUAACAGCACUUUUUGACCUGUGGAAUGAACUGACUGGGCAUAUCCUACUUAGAAUUUUAUUUGGAUUUUUUUGACAGAAAAAAAGAGAAAAAGCAGUUUAAGUAAAGGAGUCCACUUUUUCCUUUAGUUUUUUAGGUAAGACAUGUUAUUUUUAGCAUUUAUUGGGCAUCUGUUAUAUGACAAUUGUCGUGUCUAUGUCAACAUUUUUAUAUCUGUUAUCACUAUUAUAUAUCUCAUAUUCAUCUUUAAGAAACUGAACUGCACAUCAUCAGCUAUCAGUGUCAGAUAAGCACAGCAUCACAGCCGAUAUCAAAUACACAUCAUUUUUUCAGUUUUUAGCAUUUUUAGCAUUAAAGUAAGUAAAAAACAGUACAGUAACAGCCAACAUUUGCACUACAUGAUAAUUUCACCAAAUACACUGUAUGUUACAUUACCAGAAUUACCAUUUGUAGAUACAGGGUUUUGGUUUGACAUCAUCUGUGUACUUAGGUCUACUUUAUAUUUUUGUAAAUAAUUAUAUUACAGCCAUAGCAUUAUUAUCACCUGCCUAGUAUUGAGUAGAUUCUCUUGUGCCACCAUAACAGAUCUGGGGUGAGUUUCUCAAACGCACUCUCUCUCCAUAUUAAGAUGAUCUUAAUGCUAAGAUGCUUAUAGAAAGCUGGGCCCUGGUCAUUUGAGGCAUGGACUUCACAAAACAAAGCAUCCUGUGGUGUUUUAAGUUGUGAAGUAGGGACUCCAUGGAUUAUAUAAUGCAUGGUGUCUUUUAGGUGCAUUUAAAGCAUCAAUAAACCAUUUCACACCAAACCACUUUAGAUCACUUUAUUUAUAUCUAGCUAUAUUAAGUAUGCGAGUAUUUGGGGAGUUCCAACUUAAGAACAACUGCAUAUUUAAGUUUACUGUUAUCACAUUCUGGUUUAUGAAGGCAAGCAAUCUGGUUUUAUUGUAACAGAGCCUUUUUUUUGUUCCAUUUUUUCUAAGAAAGAUUUCCAGUGUAAUAUUUUUUUCAUCGUGAUUAACAAUCUUUUUUAAUCUGUCUUUCACCGAAUAUUCAUUUUGAAGAGAUAACCCUGUUUAAAAAAUUAAAUAUUUGCUGCCCUCUUGUGUUCUAUUUCUGUAAUGUCCUGCAACUACAAGUGAAGAACCCACACUGAGGUCGUGAUAUUAUACUAAUGUUACCUGGCUGGCUCCUCUAACAGGUAUUAUUCAUUCUCAUUGGCAAUUGUAAUAAAGAUAGCAAUAUAAAUAUACUA